AUGGUAAACAUAGUUGCUACUAAGAUCAGAGCUAACCCAGUUAUUUUCUGGGCUGGAGUCGGUGUUUUCUCUUACUUCUGGAAAGCUAGUAUCGUUGCCUCAAUGUACCAAAGGAACUAUCAGUAAUUUGAUGAUCAAAGAAGAGAGGAGCUUAACAAAAUCAAGUGA